AUGGCGAGUAAUAUGCGUGGUUUGACCGUGUUUAUCGCGGAUAUAAGAAACUGCAGAGUAAGAGAGUUGGAGGAAAAACGAAUUAAUAAAGAAAUGGCAAAUAUUCGAGCGAAAUUUAAAGACGGGAAUCUUAAUGGUUAUCAAAAGAAAAAAUACGUAUGCAAGCUUUUGUAUAUGUAUAUCCUUGGUUGGGAUAUUGAUUUUGGUCAUAUGGAAGCUGUAAAUCUUAUUUCAAGCAAUAAAUAUAGUGAGAAACAAAUCGGAUAUCUUGGUGUAACCCUUUUAAUGCAUGAAAAUAGUGAUUUGACACGUCUAGUUAUCAAUUCAAUAAAAAAAGAUCUCGAGGAACUUAACGAAAUAUAUAAUUGUCUAGCCUUGCACGCUAUUGCUAAUAUUGGUGGUAGAGAAAUGGCUGAAUCACUUUCAUUUGAUGUGCAUAGACUUUUAAUAUCACC